UUUUUUUUUUAUUUUAUUUUCCCCCUUUCUUACUUCUUUUUCGUUUCUCACUUCGAUUUUUUUUUUUUUUUUUUAUAUCUUUUUUUAUUUCCUCUUUAUAUUUGCUUUCGUUUAUAUGAAUUUUCGAAAAGUUUUCUAAUUUAAAACACAGAUACAAAUUUUUGUUUAAUUAUACACACUUCGAAUAAUUAAAAUACCUGUCAAUAAGCAUACACAUACAUUUUAUCAAAAACAUUUUAAGGGCAUAAUAUAAGAACCGAAAACUACUACGUACAAGAGAAUAAAAAAAGACACACACAAAUAAAAGCAUUAUGGAAGACAACAAAUAUACAUCAACAAUGGCUAAUAAUGACAGCGAGAAUGCCUCGUUUGUGGCCAUGACAACAGUGAAUCAAAUGAUGCUACCCGUGGCACUGUAUUCGACUGAGAUUCCUUUUUCCACACCAACCAUGAUGAAUGAUUAUUACAAUAAUAAUAACAUUAAUAAUAAUAAUAACAACAACAACAACAACAACAACAACAACAACAUAAACAACAACAAUUAUAUACAUUAUGCAAACCAGCAACCUCAUAUUACCGCAACACCAGUAGUUAAAAGUCACAAUCCAUCUACAGUAAUGUACUCUCCCCCAUUGAACGGCUAUCCACAACAAACAAACUAUUUACCUAUGCUUGAUACUACAACAACAAAUAUCAUGAAUAAUUUAAGUUCUAUGGAAAUUGAUGAUUAUUUUAAUUCAACAACAAUGGAUAGUAUGUUCCCCAAUACAAUUUACUCGCCUUCUGCUAAUUCGAUCACUACUAAUUCGUCAGCAAUGAUGAUGUCUCCGACCUCGCCCUCACAUAUGCUCAGUCCAACUCAACCAAUGGAUACUUUUGUCACACCAACUGCUACGCCCUACCACCACCUUUUAGUAAAUGAUAAUAUAGUAGACAAUAAUAUUUAUGCUGAAGCACCAAUAGUACCAACAAAUAUUGGUAUGAGCCAUCACUAUAAUCCACAUAAUAUGGUGUACAAUGGUGGUAUAAGUGACGACACGAUGAUUCAUAACCACCAUCACCACCAGCAGCAGCAACAACAACAACAAUUGUAUAUUGAUAGAAAAGGUAGACGCCCAUUACCUAGAAGACAUACUGUGUCAACACCUUAUGCAACAAAUAUUAUUGUAAACAAAGGAAAAGAACCUAUGAUCGAAAACAAGUCUGAGCUUAAUGUCUCACAACAACCAGCAAUUACGAAAUCUCGCAAAUCCUCUUUAAAGGCCAAACGACACCGUUCUUUGGGAAAACUGGAUAUAUUUUCUACUAAUUCCUCAACAUCUCCGCCUCCAAUUCCUGACAUGGCUUCAUUUGAACCACUCUCUGCAAAGCUGGAAUUAUGGACCCACGAACAGUUGUUGGAAAGAGUGAUGGAACUAGAAAAGGAAAAAGAAGCAUCAGUAACACAAAAUACUAUAGCCAAAAUGAAAAAAGAAGUGAUACCAGAUGAAAGCGGUGUACCAAAUAUUUCAGCUACUGUGGCUUCUUCAACAGUGUUCCAAGCAAAUAAAGUUAGAUCUGCUUCACAUACUGACACAGAGAUGGAAGAAGAUGAAGAAGAAGAGGAAGAUCCUCAGUUUUGUAAGUGGGACAGUUGUACACUGGAGUUAAAUUCCCUGGAUGAUUUGAUAAAUCACGUCAAAACGGAUCACAUUGGGAGUGGAAAGGCAAACUAUUAUUGCUGUUGGAAAGAUUGUGCUCGUAAACAAAAGCCUUUCACGAAGAGACAUAAAAUGCAUAAUCAUCUUCGUACCCACACAGGGGAAAGGCCAUUUGUUUGUUUAGAACCAGACUGCGGAAAAAAGUUCUCUAGACCUGAUUCCUUAACUACGCAUGCCAAGAUCCAUUCAAAUAUUAGACCAUACCUUUGCAAUAAUAUAGACUGUAGUAAAGCGUAUUAUCAUCUUAGAUCGUUACGCAAACAUGAAAGAAGUCAUCAGUUAAAAGAUGACAAUAUAUCACCUACAUUAUCACCACCACCACUUCCUGUUGCAAUGUCAAAUGUCACACACGCAGCAACAACUUUGCAUCCUGAUGACCUCGACGUAAGACGAGGAGAAGAUGUUUAUUCGGAUUGGGGAUUGUCAGCUCAGGCUGCACUUUUUAAUAUUAUGGAUAAAGAAAACUCAUCAUUCAUGUAGAUACCCUUCCUUUUCAUGGAUGUUUUUUUAUGCAUGACAUUCUUAAGCUACAAAAAAACACAAAAUUUAUUCAAUAAUAAUAGAAACUUAUUGAUCUCUCUUUUCUGCUUGAAUUUGUAUCCAUGCAUUAAAGAGAAAAUACAACAACAAAUAAUAAACAUGCAGUAUACAUUUUACAAAUAUAAA